UUUUGGGCAUCUCGUCGACCAGUCGUAUCAAAGCGCACCAGCCGGCACGAAACUCCGCCGGGUUUGUCAGUCGAUCGCAAGCCGUUGAACGAGCCGCGCAGGCUCCGACCGUCGCAAAGCCACCCAACUAUAGCGUGCCUCUGCGACGAUUAGAUCUCUGCUGGGAACGCGUACGGAUAAUAUCCGAAGCGACGAGCGGCGCGUCGUACUUUUGGAUUUCCUCGAGCGCUCCACCGCGUCGUUCGGGAGCGACUGGUCGUGUCAUUUUCCCGGCGAAAAAUUUUCAACCGGACUCGCGACAGAUUCGAAAAAGUGUCGCACGCUAUCGGCGAAAGUUUAACGCCACCGCGAAACAGUGCUUCGAAGUCGUGAUCAUGAGUACACCGGUGAAAAAGGUGCCGAUCCACUUGCAGAGCGCGCAAAACCGUCUGCUCAUCAAAAAUGGGAAGAUCGUUAACGAGGACGAGAUGGUGGACAGCGACGUCUACGUGGAGGACGGUAUCAUCAAGCAACUGGGGAGGAAUUUGAUAAUACCUGGCGGUACCAGGGUAAUCGACGCCCGGGGUAAAUACGUGAUGCCCGGAGGUAUCGAUCCCCACACGCAUUUCGAACUCGAGUUGAUGGGGGCCACGUCGGUCGACGAUUUCUAUCAGGGUACCAAAGCAGCGGUGGCCGGCGGCACGACCAUGAUAAUAGAUUUCGCCAUACCGAAGAAAGGUGAAUCGCUGCUGGAGGCCUACGACCGCUACAGAGCUACCGCCGAUGAGAAAGUAUGCUGCGAUUACGGACUCCACGUCGGCAUCACGUCGUGGAACGGCAAGGUGAAAGAAGAAAUGGCGGCCCUCGCGCGGGACCACGGAGUCAACAGUUUCAAAGUGUUCAUGGCCUACAAGGAUCUCUACAUGCUGCGAGAUCCGGAACUGAUCGAAGUGUUCACGGCGUGCAAGAGCGUCGGUGCCGUCGCUCAGGUUCACGCGGAAAACGGCGACCUUAUCGCGGAGAACACGAGAAAGCUAUUGGCCGCCGGCGUGACCGGGCCCGAAGGUCACGAAAUGUCGCGACCCGAAGACGUCGAGGCGGAGGCGGUGAACAGAGCGUGCGUCAUCGCGAAUCAGGUAAAUUGUCCGCUGUACGUAUCGCCGGUGACGAGCAAAUCAUCGGCCGAUGUAAUAGCUGCGAAACGCACCAGCGGUUACGUCGUGUUCGGCGAACCCCCGGCGAGUAGCAUCGGGAUCGACGGUAGCGAACAGUACGGAAAGGACGUUAAUAAGGCUAUUAAGCUCAUCACGAGUCCUCCGUUAAGACCAGAUACGACAACGCCCGUCUAUUUGAUUGAGCAACUCGCUCAGGGUGGACUCCAAGUGACCGGCAGCGACAACUGCACUUUCAACGCCGCUCAGAAAGCCCUGGGAAAAGAUGACUUUUCAAAAAUUCCGAACGGCGUCAACGGAGUCGAAGAUAGGAUGUCCGUUGUCUGGGAGAAGGGGGUCCAAGCCGGAAUAAUGGAUCCGAUGAGAUUCGUGGCGGUGACGAGCACCAACGCUGCUAAAAUCUUCAACCUCUACCCGAGGAAGGGUGUUAUAGCCGUGGGCUCCGACGCGGACAUCGUCGUCUGGGAUCCGAACAGGAAGCGAGUAAUUUCCGCCGAGACGCACGUGCAGGCUGUCGAUUUCAACAUCUUCGAGGGCAUGGAAGUCCACGGCGUUCCCGAAUACGUGAUCGUUAACGGUCGCGUUUGCGUCGACGAGUGCGACGUCAAGGUCGUUCACGGUUACGGUAGGUUCGUGGAGACUCCGAUCUAUCCACCUUACGUUUACGACCUGAUCGCCGAACGGGAAAAGAAACCUCGCGGUGUCGCCCGAUCGGAAGCAGAUCUGAAGCGAUACGCCGAGGAAGAUGCGGCGAUGGCGAAGGCGAGGGAGGCGGCACGGGCGGCUGCGGCCGCCGCGGCGACCGCAUCGAUCCAGAGCAAUUACACGAACGGUUCGAUCGAAACCCUGAAAUCAAAAUUGGCGAGCCUCUCGUGUGUUCCUACAUUGCCGGAGUCAGCGGUGGUAACCCCUUCGGCGAAAGGGCCGAGGCUCGAGGGUCAAAGAAAUCUUCAAGAUUCGACAUUCUCUAUCAGCGAAGACGUUGACGAGGCUCGCCGCGCGUGUAUUCGCGUCAACAAUCCCCCGGGUGGUCGCAGCGCCGGUGGUUUUUGGUAAUUGGCCCGUAAAGGGGUUGUAAUGGUUCCGCUUGAAGCGCGCAAAGAGUUAAACUUUCUUUAGAAAAGCGAGAAAAAGAGGAGAGAAAAAAGAAAAACAAAAAAAAGUAACAAUUGCUGAAAGAAAAAAGAUAACAGCGAUACCAACGGGAUGAAAAAUUGAUCCCAACCCCCAUCUCGUAUUCCCCUCCCCCCGGUCCUUCGUCGCCCUCUUCUACACACCAACGCAUCAGCUAAAAAAAAAAAAAAAAAAACUAAACAAAGAUGAAAAAACAAACAAACAACAGCUUCGAGGUUUCGCUACUCACCAAAUAUUAAUCGUUAAGUUUUUCUUAUCAACACCCUUUGUUCGUUUAACUUCAUCAAGGUCUGUUCCAUCCAAGGAGGAUUCGGAGGUGCCAAGCCAGUAGGUUUCGUGUCGACGUGCCAGACUCGUAAAUAUUGUAUAAUAUGCAUUUCGCUGUUCACAUAAUGCGUUAUAACUGCCAGUCAAUUUUCUCUGUCUCACCUUUCUGUCCGUCUGUACUCUAUUAGCAUCCGUGCGUAGCUCUUUUGUCUUUCUCUUCGGCCAAGCGGGGGCACUCUGGACAGUCGUUCCUGAGGUCAGAGCGCCGCUGAAGUUCGCAAAAGAAGAGAAAGACCUCAAUUCCUGCGAGUGUAACGCAAACUAAUAAUCGACAGGAGUAAAUUACGAGGUAAAUGAGUGCUAUGUCGUAACAUUUCUAAUCAUGCCAAAACAGCUUUUUACCGAGCUUUCUUUCUUUCGCUUAUUUUCACAAAAAAUUGUGGAACAACUCUUAAUCAAUACGGCCGGGUUGUGGCGCAGAGAUAUCCACUUGACAAAAAACGCUCCUGUCUGUCGGUUUUGUAAUAUUUAUUUAUUAUGUUUGAAAAAUUCAUUUAUAACUUCUUCGGUGCGUACAAUAAAGGAGGAGUGUCUUUAUGAUUAUGAAACUUAGAAUGCAAUUGAGAAUCGCCCUGUCAGUGAUGAAAAAAAAAAAAAAAAAAAAAAACAGAGGCGGUGGUGCUUGGGAACAAUAAGAGAAACGAGAUUUUGUUGAAAAUGAGAGAAAAGUUUUUUCAUUCGUCGUAUACUUUUUGUUUCUAUCGUUAUUUUUUAUAAAUAUUUCAUUAUUGAUAAUAUCGUUGGUGUUGUUUUGUUAUCGUUCUUAUCAUAUCGCCGUCAUCGUUAUAAAUUUGACAAUGAACAACCGAAGAAAGGCACGAAGAAUAGAUAGAAUAAUGAAAAAAAGGAACCCUAUGUACCGUAGGUACAUGAUUAUAUUUGCGGCCGAAAUAUUAUGGUUAUAAUUAGUGUGAAGAAAAGAAGGGGAUUAUUCGUAUUAUUUAUUAAUCGAUUGAUAAGUGUAAGAUUAAAAUCGAAGGAUUUUAUUGAUUACGUAUGCUAAGUACCUUCUCUCGUUGAUUACGAAGUUUUUAGUCCAAAGAUAUGGUAAUAUUAUAUAGUUGUACCUUUUUUUUUGAAUUGAACACAACCGUCGAAUUAGAUUGGUUAAUUAAGUUUUAAGAGUUAUCGUAUUUGUUAUUAUAAUUAUUAACAUUAUUGUAAUCAUUAAUAUAAUAAUUAUCGUUAUUAUUAUUAUUACUCUUACAAAUAUUAUCAUUGUAAUUGCUGAUGAGAAAAGAUGAAGAAUAUAUAGCGAGGUGAUAUAAUCGCGCACAAAAAUUCAGUUGCGAUUUUUAAAACGAAUCGUAAUUCUUAUCGAUUAUGCUGUCUAUUGAGUUGUCUGUAAUGCGGAUGCUGCGCUACAGCCUGUACAAAAAGCCUUGAAACAAAAAAAAAAAAUUUAAUAAGAACCAAGUUAAAAAAAGAUGAUUAAACUAAUGAAAUAUAGAGCUUGUUGAGGUUGCUAUUAACAUUGUUCUUCGACAACGUAUAAUCACUAUAACGAAUUGAAGGAUGAUUAUGAUCAAAAUCAAAAAAAAGUUUUUCAAAAAAUUCAGAAAUCAAGAACUUUGCAAUUAGUUCGAUUAUAAUCUGUACGAGCAGCGUAAAAUUCCUGAGCUUUGACGACCGUGUGAAAUGUGGUUGAAAAUUCAUCGACCCCACCUGCAAAUCUGCAACUCCGAUAGGAAUUUUUACGUUGGAAAAGAAAUCGUACAGCAAAGGGCAAUCGGAAUGAUGUAAUAGCCGCGAGAAUCGAGGACGAUCAAAUUUAGAAACAACCAAGAAUUCCAGUGAAUAGUCGACAUAUCGUUCUUGAGGUGAAAAGAUUUGAUUGAAAAAUGUGUCGAGUAUAACGAGUAAGUGUGAAAACUGAGGGAAACAUCUACGACCUCCGUUGCCCUUUGGUCAAUCGACGAAAAUAAAAUAUCCGGAUCGUUCAAAUAAUCGACGCUUCGAUGCAGCCUUGCAAUUUUAUAAUUACUACGAAGAAAGAUAAUUGAAAAAAAAUAAUACGAAUAUAACUGAAUCAAUGAAAAAAAAAAUAUACUCGUACUGUGGAGAAUUUUAGAGAAAUUUUUGACGACGAUUAUCGAUUAGUUAAAUUAAUAUACAUAUACACACGAUAUACUGUAUAUCUAUAGACAGAACGCGUAGAGUUUAUCAUCGGAUCACUUCCAGUUUUUCUACUAGAUUUUUUAACGAAAUUUCACAAUUUUUAUGCCGAACGAAUGCAGACGUUUUAUCGUAACGACGAAACGUCUGCAGGGAUAUGAUUGCGUCAAAAUGUCAGUUCCGAAAUGAAUCGAAAUUUCAAUAAUGUUACUUCCGGAUAUCGAAAGCCAGAAUUUAAUUGCCAGGGGAACAAAAUGGUGACGAAAGACAAACUGCAAUAUACUAUGUUCAGAAAUCCAAUUAACCACCCUCAAACUUAUCGUCGGAUAUAAAAUUAAGAAAACAAAAAGGGCUGAUACCAGCAAAAUCGAGCGGUGAAAAACAGUAAAGAGUGAAAACUAAUUGUAACCGCGGAAGUAUAGAUAACGUAACUAUGUGUCCAUUUUGUUCAUGAAAAUAUGACGAGGUGGACUAAGGAAGAGAUAAUAUGAUAUGCGUAAUAAAUGGCAGAUCGAUUACGUCUGUUGAAAAUCUGUAUGUGGUAUUGCUUUAAAUGAAUAAAAGAAAAAAAAAAAUUAAACAUCA